AUGGCCCGACCUCGUCCACAACUCGGUAACGGAGGUGAGGCUCAAACGCCAGGUGCUGGUUUGGGCGGUGGUCUCAUCCCCACUGUCCUCCCCGGUGCUGGUGCUACUGAGACCGGUGGUCUGGGCGGUGCCCUCCCUACUGGCGGACUUGGCGGUUUGUUGCCCGGUGCUGGUGGUGCUGCCCCCGGUGGCGCUCAGGACGGCGAGACUAUACGCGACAAGAUCGAGAAAUUCCUUACCGACCUUUUCGGAGGUGGUGGAAACAACGCCGACCCUCCUGCCGCCGCUCCCACCGGCGGAGCUGGCGGCGAUGCCAGCACUGCCACUCCUGUCGCAACUCCCGGCAGCGGCAAUACUGGAGCUAACGAGUCUCCUCUCUUGACCCCUGGCAGAAACAACGCUGGCGCUGGUGGUGCCAUCCCUACUUUCGUUGCUGGACCUGGCGCAGGUUUCGGAAACGGAGGUGCUUCUGAUGCCCCUGCCCAAACUCCUGGUUCCGGUAACGGUGGAAAUGCUGAUGCUUCCGAGGCGCCUGUCGCCCCUACUCUCGUUCCUUCUCCUGGCAGUGGUCUUGAAGGCCCCGGCACUGCCCCCGGCGCUAUAAUUCCCACCUUUGUUGCUGGGCCCGGUCAAGGCUUCGGAAACGGCGAGACCCCUACCCCCGGAGCCGGAGCCGGCGCUGGUAACGGCAACGACAACGGCAACGGCAACAACAACGACAAUACUUCCGAUGCUCCUGCGACUCCCACUGAGGCGCCUGGCAGCGGCAGCGGAACUCUGCCUACCGAUGGUUUGGCUGCACCUAGCGGUGCUAUCCCUACCUUUGUUGCUGGACCUGGUAAUGGCUUCGGCGAGGGUGGCAACGCCCCUACUACCCCUGGAGCCGGCGCUGGCAACGGUAACGGCAACGGCAACGGCAACAACAACGACAAUACUUCCGAUGCUCCUGCGACUCCCACUGAGGCGCCUGGCAGCGGCAGCGGAACUCUGCCUACUGAUGGUCUGGCCGCACCUAGCGGUGCUAUCCCUACCUUUGUUGCUGGACCCGGUAACGGCUUCGGUGAGGGUGGCAAUGCCCCUGGUACACCAUCUGAAGCUCCUACUGCACCUGGAUCUGGACUCGGCGGCGGUAACGAUGACUCCAACGCUGCCCCCGAGGCUCCAGGUGCCGGCAGCGGCAGAGGGAACCUCCCUGGUGGCCUUCUUCAGCCUGGACGUGGAAGCCAGACUGAUUCCAACAUUCCCACUUUCGUUGCCGGCCCUGGUAAGGGCCUCGGUCGCAGGAGCCAGAACAACGGCUUCCAAAGGCGCGCUCGCCGCUCUUCCUAA